UUUCUACAACAUGGCGGACGCCAGUCUCUCGAGUUUUGAACGCAAUUUUAUCAUCAGUGGCGUGCAAGAGGAUUUUAGAUCGGAUGGGAGGUCUUGUGAAGAUUACAGAUACUUUGAAAUAGAGACAGGAAUUGUGUCAAACACUAGCGGAUCUGCAAGGCUUAGACUGUCCAAGACAGAUAUUCUCGUAGGAGUCAAAGCAGAAAUUGGAGAACCACAUCCAACAAAACCUAGUCAAGGAAGAAUCGAAUUCUUUGUCGACUGUUCAUCAAAUUCAUCACCAGAGUUCAAUGGUARAGGAGGAGAUGAUUUAGCAGCAGACUUGUCAAGAGCUUUGGAAAGAUCAUAUAGAAAUAAAUCAGCUGUAGACUUACAUUCCUUAUCUAUUCUACAUGGGCAACAAUGCUGGGUUUUGUAUAUCGAUGYCGUGGUUUUGGAGUGUGGUGGUGGUAAUCUUUAUGAUGCUCUGUCACUUGCUGUUAAGGCUGCCUUACAUAAUACAAGUAUUCCUAAUGUAACUGUCAACACAGAUGAAGGGGAAGUUGAAUUAGAAAUAUCUGAUGAUCCUCAUGACGUCAAGCAUUUAAACGUACACAAUAUUCCUAUAAUAAUUACUCUAUCAAAGAUUGGUUUGCGUCAUGUUAUUGAUGCAAGUGUUGAAGAAGAAGCAUGUAGUGACUGCCAUCUCUUAGUAUCUGUUAAUGGUGAUGGUAACAUUUGUAGCCAGCAGAAAAUAGGAACUGGUGGACUUGACCCACAAACUAUAUUUGAAAUGCUAGAGAGUGCAAGAACUGCAGGGAAAACAUUGAACAAGAAAUUAUUAGAUGUUCUUGAAGAAGAAUCUACAGCACAAAAAAGAAGAAAAGUGGGAUUUCUCCAUUAAAUCCUUUAGACAAUUAUUUAUAACUGUAAAUAAAUAGGAAAAUAAAGAGAUAAAACCAAUGUG